AUGGCAGAUAAAUAUCAAGAUAGAAUAAAAUAUAAAGUAAAUACCGAUUUCAAUGAUAAAUCUUCAUUUGUUAACUUAGAUCCACCUUCAAUUCCGAAUACUUUUAAAAAUAAAUCACAUCCAAAUGCUAAAACUAAAGAAUUAGGUAGUAAUUCAAUAGAUGAAACUCCUGAAUGGAUGCCGGUUGAAUUAAAUGAUAAAUGGAUACCUGAACAACUAUCACAAUCAGCACAAGCACCGCAACCACCACAACCACUAAAUUUUACUUCUUCUGUUAGAAUUUCAAAAAAAGAUUCAAAUACAAUGAUUCAUAAUUCAGAUAUUAACGAAACUCCUGAUUGGAAAAAGGCAACAAAAGGUUUCAAUAAUUUAAAACAAAUAUUUGAACCUCCAAGUAUUGAACAACCAAAAUCUCCUUUAAAAUUAUUUACUGAUAAUUAUGAUACAUAUACAGAACAAAAAUUAAAUGGUGUUUUAAAUAAUAUGAGAAAUACUCCUGCUCAAGCUCAAGCUCAAGUUCAAGCUCAAGCUCAAGCUCAAGUUCCAUUAAAUAAAAUAUCACAACCAAAAUUAAAUUCAAUUCCUAGACCUACAAAGAGUUUUGCAGAUUUUGCUAAAAAGGGAGAUGCUAUAAUAAAUAAUAUAAAGAAAAAUUAUAAUGGAAUUAGAGUUAUUUCACAAAAUACUGCUACUUCAACACCUAAAAAUGAUAAAAUUGUAUCAAUAGAAGAUGAAUAUGAAUCUUAUACCAGUGGAUUUAGUUCAGAUGAAGAAAGUGUAAAACAACCAGAAAAAGAAUCGAGUUAUACACUUGAUUCUUUAAAGAAAAAUAAAUCAAAACAAUCAGAAUAUACAUUUGAUUCUUUAAACAAAGAUAAGUCAAAACAAUCAGAUUAUACAUUUGAUUCAAUUUCACAACUAAAACAAGAAAAUGAAGAGAUUAGAAAGUCAUUAGAAGAACCAUUAAUCGAUACUACGCCAUUAACUUUUGAUGCAAAUGAUGAUAGUAUAUAUCAUGAAGAUGUUUUUAAAUGGAAAUCAAAAUCAGAAUUAGGUCCAAUUAUAGGAAGAGUUGAUCCACAAGAUUUACCAAUUGAAUAUGAAAAUAUGAUUUAUGAUGCUGAAAAUCAAAAAUGGAUUGAAAAAAAUAAAGGAAAUUAUACUUUAGUAGGUAUUGAAGAUUUGACAGAGGAAAUAAAACCAAUUUUGAAAAAGCCAAGUAGGAAAAAUUUAGAAGUUUCAUUUCAAGAACCAGGUAACGUUACAAGAAUAUCACAUAUUGAUGAAGUUUCAUUUAGUGAAUCAAAGAAAAGAUUAAUUUCAAUAAUUACUGAAAUUGUACAAAAUUCUUGGAAUGAAAUUAUAGAUAUAGAUUUACAAGAUUAUCAAUUGGAAACAAUUAAAGAUUUAGAUCAAAUGCUACCAAAUUUAAAAGAAAUCAACCUUUCAAAUAAUAAUCUAACGUAUUUAACUGGAUUAACGGAGUCAACAAUGUCAUUAAAUAUAAGUAAUAAUAACAUUCAAGAUAUUACACCAUUACAUUAUACAAAUUUACACAAUUUAGAUCUAAGUUUUAAUUUAUUAACUAGUUGUUCAAAUUUAUAUGAGAAUAUUCAUUUAACUACAUUAAAUUUAAGUAAUAAUAGGAUAACAGAUGUUACAAAUCUACAGAAAUUGAUUAAUCUUACAGAUUUAGAUUUAUCAGGCAAUUCAAUUGAAAUAUUUAAUAUUAGUCUUGCACAUUUACAAGUUUUAAAUUUGAGUAAGAAUAAAAUUACUCAAUUUCAUACCAAUUCACCAAGAUUAAGAAUACUAAAUUUAAAUGAGAAUAAAUUAGUCAAAUUUUCAAGUCAUUUAAGAAUUGCAAAAUUAUUAUUAAAUGCAAAUAAAUUAAAAUUAUUAGACGUUAGUAAAAUGAUUGAUUUGCGUUGUUUAAAAUUUGAUAGUAACAACCUAAAACAAUUGGAAAUUAGAAAUUGUCUUGAACAAGUAUCUUGUAAAUCUCAACCAUCACAUAUUAUUGAAAAAAUCAAUACAUUAACUAAUCUUAGUAAACUUGAUUUAUCGGGUAAUCAAUUAAAAGUAACUAACCCAAUGUUAUACAUAACAGAUCUUACAUUAGCAGCCAUGAAUUUAAAAUCUAUACCUAUUAAUUUUUCAAAUAUUUUCCCCAACGUUCAAAAUUUAAAUUUAAAUUUUAAUAAACUUGAAAAUAUUGAUAAUUUAACACCAUUAGAAAAUCUUAAGAAGUUAUAUCUUGUUAAUAAUCAAUUUAAACUGUUCAAGGAUAUAAUGAGACCUUUAUCAAACAUUAAAAAAUCAAUACGUGUAUUAGAUUUUAGAUUAAAUCCAAUAAGUCAAAAUUUAUGGCCAUUUGUAUUUACAAAAGAAGAAGAUGAAAUGACAAUUCAAUUAGAAAGUAUGAAUGAUAUAGAUGGAUUUAUUGAUCAUUAUCAUGAAUUAGAUAAAUCAAAUGAUUGGGAAGAUAGAGAUGAAAUAUUUAUAAAAUCGAAUAACAAAUCUGUAAUUAAGAAACGAUUGACAAUUGAAGAAACUUUAUUAGUUUACUUUAUAAACUUAAAAAAAUUGAAUGGUAACAAAAUAGAUAAAAAUGAUAAAGAAAUAGCCAAGAAACGAUAUAUGGAAAAAAAAUAA